UGGCGGCCGUCAAGAGCAAUUUGGAGAAAUCGUUUCACUUCGUGUUAGUGAUCGUUUUAGCUGCUUUUAUACGAUUAUUUUUUAUGUACAGCCCAGUUAACAACUACUUUAAAGAAAGGAUUGAAUUGAAUACSCCACUUACUAGUUGGAAUAGAGUUCUGGACGGUAUUGUUCUUUUGGAUCAUGGCAUUUCCCCCUACAAGGGUGACAUUGUUCAUGAAACGCCUCUUGUGUUAGCUCUGUUUUAUAGCAUAAAGCAAGUGUCAUCCCGAUUUAUUCCUUUGAUGUUUGUGGUCUUGGAUACUGUCAUUGGGUGUCUGCUGUAUAAAGUCGCUCAAUUCAAUGCAAUAGUUCUGCUUGAAGAUCAAAAAAGGCGUCAGUCUUCAUUUGCUAAGAAUGUUGGUCCUAUUUUAAUGUCAGAGUCAGGAUUGGGAAGCACACCAUUUUUAACAGCUACAGUAUAUCUUCUAAAUCCGUACACUAUUGGUAGCUGUGUAGCACAAUCAACUAUAAUAUUCACUAAUCUUGGAUUAGCAUUGUCAUURUAUGGAGCCCUUAAAGGAAACUGUUUGCUGGCAACUCUAGGUGUAGCUUGUGCAGCUUACCAUUCAUUGUACCCUAUUAUGCUAUUGGUACCAGUUACUCUUAUUCUAUUAAAGAUCAUGCAAGAUUAUUCCAUAAUACAUACACUCAAGAUUGUGUUGUUAUGUUUACUGUGGACUUCAGCACUAUUAGGACUGUCAUACUCAUUGUUCAAUUCAAUUGACUUUAUCAAGGCUUCUUAUGGAUUUAUAUUAACAGUGCCUGACCUGACUCCUAACAUUGGACUCUUUUGGUACUUCUUCACUGAGAUGUUCGAACAUUUUCGAGUGUUUUUCCUUUGGGUUUUCCAGAUCAAUGCUUUUUUCUAUUGUAUUCCUAUGACAGUACGAUUCAGAGAGCAUCCAAGUUUCUUGGCAUGUAUUUUGCUUCAUGUCAUAUGCGUAAUGAARUCCUACCCUAGUUUUGGUGACGCAGCUGUACCUAUUGCCCUCAUCAUGAUGUGGAGGCAUUUAUUCCCUUACAUGCGUAAUGCUUUCUUGAUCAUGUGCAUGUUAGUGUUCUCAACGUUCUUGGCGCCAGUCUUCUGGUAUCUUUGGAUUUACGCGGGCAGUGCUAACGCCAAUUUUUUCUACGCUAUAACUUUGGUGUAUUCGACUGCUCAGGUAUGUAGACAUAUCAAUUACUAUCUUAAACAAGCCGCUAAUCACACGUCGAACUUUACAUGCUCCGGAGGCAAUUCGAAUGAGAUGGAGAGCAGUUAACAUGGAAUCGACAUUUAUUGACUUGGACACAUAUCGAGUUCGACGUUGGACAAAUAAAAUAAAAAAAGUCGCAAGUCUCAGUUCGUCUCUAUUAUGAUAAUAGGAAUAGCGGAUAAAUAAGUAAAAACUGUGAUGAAAAUGCCGAGAAAAAUUGUUCCUUCUGAGGGUUAGGAAUUCAAUGAGAUUCACGUUUCAGAAAAAUAGGCAACUUAUAAAAAUUUAAAA